CCGAUCACAGAAUAAAUCCUUUCACCCCACAUGCUGAAAAAAUAACCUACAAAUAAUUAUGAUCUGCAACGAGCGGACAGGUAUUUUUGCUGCAGCAAUGUGUGAUCCACGUGGUCUCUUUUAAUCUGGAGAUCGUUUUACCUUUGGUCAAUAAAUCAGCGCAGCAGUCUGCUUGGAUCAGCAGAUAGCUGCAGUGUCAGACGAAAUAAGAAAGAUAGAUUUCAUUUUCUAUUUGAGACUUCUUCCGUCGAGUAUUUUUCAGCAUUAAAGAAAUUCCUCUUGGUAAAUGGAACACACACAGAGUUUCUUCUGCUUUCACUGAUGCUAGAAAAAUAUCCUCACUGCUAAAAUAUGAAUUUCUCAGGGUCGUAAACGGAACUUAUGGGAUAAAUUACAGGCAGCUUGUCUGAAUUAGGAAUGGAGUCGGAUUUGGAAAGGGAAUCUCCAAGGAGUUCCACAUUUUCCUUUUUUUUGGCUGAUAAAUUUAGAUUGUUUUGUUUACUAGAAGUUAACAGUAGAUGCCGUUUACUCUCCUGUUCACCUCUUUUAGUGUCUCCUUUCCCAGUUUGGAUUUGGAUCUGCACAGCCCAGAUGUUUUGCAGAUUGUAUUACAGUAAGCGGUAAGAAUGCUCCUCUGGCUCCACGCCACUAUAUCAAACACCUCCUCUGAAUGGUGGAGAGUGACUUAAAACCCUCGUGCAGAAGAGACGGUGAUCUCUGCAGCAGACACAGGAGCGGUGAAGGACAGCUGCUUCUUUUUGCUUUAGUGUCAUGUUGAGUGCGUUCUAACAUUAAAGCGUGCACAAGAAUGUCAACGCCCUGCAUCCCUGACGUGAAUGGGAGCAGGUGGAGGAAGGGCUCCUGCACAUAUAAGGGGGCUGCCCCUUCCACCAUUUCCCAUUGUGUCACUUUGAAGGAUUGCACUGUAUUUUCUGGAGAUCCGACCUGAAGGAGAAAAUGAAGAUGACGGAGCUUCUGGCGCUUCUCUGCAUGAUCUCAGUCUGUGGAGCUCAGAAAUGGAAACAAGAAAUGUCCUCCUGGGAUCCAAAAGCAGAGCCCACCAACGGUAAGAGUUGCUCCAACCUGACUCAGGUUCUGGAUAACUGGAAGUUUGCCAUCCUAACGCAGGUGAAAGACAUGCUGAUCAAUGACCACGCCUCUCUUCUACCUGAGUAUACCAGGAUCCGGCCUCUGUCCGAUGCUCUGGGGGACCUCUACCGGCAGUUUAACUCUCUGAAAGAUGAACUGGGGAGGCUCACCAUCAAGUUCGAUAAGGUGGAGGCGUUCGCGGACGACUUUAAAGGAGGAAGACUCACCGCUCCGAUUCAACCUCAGAGGAUUCCCCUGAGCUUCGGUCGGAGGCCUCCAGUGAGACCUCCGUUAAAAAGUCCCGACAGGAGGACCAGCUCUCAGUCGGUCCUGGCACGGGCCAAGAGGAGGGGGACACGGAGACCCUAGACCUUUUGACCUUUCACUAUGUUAAACAUUCUCAUAUUUUCUGAAGAAUUAUUAUAUUAUCUUAACAAAUGAGAUGCAAAAAAAGAUUUCUUAUUAAUUUCUUUUCUUUCACCAGGCGGCAGCAUGAAUCACAGUAUAAAAGAGUGAACAUUAAAACAGUUACAAUUAAAUUCUUUAAAAAUGUAGCAAUAAAAAAUGUAAAAUGUGAAAAUAAUGUUGCAUUUUAAGGGGGGUAAAAGCUGCAAAAACUUUAUUGUUUGAGGCUUAACUAGAUAUAAAAAGGUCAUAUUUCAUUUUUUAUAAAUACAUGAUUAAAAGUUAAAUAUCUUCUAAUUCAGAAAAAUUAUUUUUCUCCAACAUGCUGAAAUGGAGGAUGUAUGAAAAUCACAGUAUGAAACGGGCAAAUAUACAGUUAAAAUAACCUUGAGAGAAAAAUAAAAUUAAAAAAUCUGAAAUGUUAAAACCAGAUUUUUUUCCACUCAAAUAAUACAACAUAAGUUGUGUGUUUUUAUGUUCAAUAAUAUGUUUUUCUCCCUUCUUUGUAGACAAAACUAGUUUGCACAGUUCUCCAUGAUCCUCUGUAAACAAAGUUGAAUAACCUGCAUUAAAAAAGACGUUCAUAAGCAUUUUAUUACAAGCUUUUUUUAUUUUAAUGACAUCAAGAUUUCGGUAAUAAGGAUGUAAACACCUGAUGUUGCAAUAGGUAUAAAAAAAAAUAAAAAAAAAAUAAAAUUACAGCAGUAAAGGAGGUAUUUUAAUGCUGAAAACAUGAAAAGAAAAAAAAAAAGCCUAGGUUUUUAAGAGACAGAUUUGAUUACUUAAAGGUAGCGAAAGAUUGGCUUUUUAAAAUGGUUGUGAUGACAACGUUCAGAAAGAUUUCUCUGAUUUGUCUUAUUUGAGGAGACAUGGUCACAAAAGAGAAACAAACAGAGCAAGAUUAUAGUCUCACCUGAAAUCAACAUUUUUUUGUA